AUGAUAAUGAAUGCAAAAUGCACCCUUACAGACCUACAAGCCAUGAGGGCCCCGCGCAUUAUCGUCAAACUCGACAGCGCUGAAGAAGGAGAAAGUAACUCAACAGGAGACGCGAAAGACGCCAAAACGGAGGAAGAAGGAGAACGUGACACGCCGAAAUCGGAUGAAAGGAGAGAGAGGACGAACGGGACGAGACACGCCCGCAGGACAAAGGCAUCCGACGAGGAAUUCCAAAUUGAAACAGCUGUUUUCGUGGAUGACGAAAUGUAUGACGUCAUCAAGCAGCAGAACCCCGGAUCAGACACGGUCCAGACGGUCACUGAUGUGGUUUUUGCCAUCAUGAAUGGGGUCCACCUACUGUACAACGCCCCCACCUUGGAGCUCCACUUCACCAUCACCCUCGUCCGCCUUGAGAUCAUCAAAAGUGCCUCCAAAGGUCCUUCUAAAUCAGGGGGAGACAUACAGAGGUACCUGAGCAACUUCUGCUACUGGCAGAGGAACCUGAACCGGCGCACAAACCCCCUGGGGGACCACUCGCCGGAGUUCUGGGACCACGCGCUCAUGCUCUCCGGACUCGACCUGUGGGACAUGCAGCCGGAAUUCGACUCGGUUAUAGGACUGGCGUGGGUGGCGGGCAUGUGUCACCCGACGUACUCCUGCACCAUCAACGAGGGCACGAGCUUCGAGGCCGUCUACGUCAUCACGCACGAGAUGGGCCACAACCUCGGCAUGUCCCACGACGGAUCUGCAGAGGACCAGAACCAGUGCAGCGCCGAUAAGCAUAUCAUGUCAUCUUCUACUGGUCCUGGAAAAGUUACUUGGUCCUCCUGUUCCAACAAAGAACUGCAGGACUUCAUCGAGAACAGCGACUUCCCUCUCUCGUGCCUCGAUGACCUGGCCAGAGGACCUCGCGAACUCGAUUUCCACGGUGAACUCUUACCUGGCGAGCGGUAUACGGUGACCCAGCAGUGCACCUUCGCCCUGGGAUCCUCCUUCAAGCCCUACGUCACGAGCAAGAAUCCUUAUAAUAACGUGUGCCGAGAGGUCUGGUGCCAAAACACGACGCACGCCAUGAGAACCCACCCGGCACUCGAGGGCACCUCCUGUGGCAUCAAGAAGUUCUGCGUGAACGGAGGCUGUACCGACAAACCCGACAUAGCGGCCACGGUACCAACCACGACCCCAGGUACGACUCGCAAGGCCGCCACCACCACGACCCUGCCUACCACGACUGUGUCCAACAAGAAGAAAGUCACCACAUUCUUCGGCAGAAUACGUGACUUGUUCAGAAGGUACCUCUCCCUCAGAAGUGAAAUGCCUCGCUCUGUCUUCCUCCUGUCCUCUUGGAAGCUCACCAACAGAACGGGCUGCACGGCCGAGUGCGGCGGCGGCUGGGUGGAGGGCCAGGUCGCCUGCGCCGCCAACGAGGGAAACGUUAUCCUCGAGGACGACAUGUGUGACCCUCUCUCUCGUCCGGCGGUGAGGGAGGUCUGCAACAUCGCCCCCUGCGUUGGCACUUCCCGGUCAACCACUCCGAAGUUGCCCUCGUCUUAGUCAACCGGCGUCUGAGUUCCUAAUAAAGCGUCUUGGUGUGUUCGCUUGUGGUAGACUGGACGGUGGUUGGGUUGUCGGGCUGUCAUGGCGACGACAUGUGCGUCUGCCUUCUCUUUUCUUCGUCAAAGAUGGCUCCUCUUUCGCGCCGAUUUCUAGAUCUUUGCGCGAAAAUGUGUGCAGCUUUGAGUCCUUUUGCCAGAUCCAUCUCAUGUUUCCGAAACUGACUUUAAAUCAUUACCGUCAUGUUUUCAGCCGAUUCUCCUCAUGGAUUUCCGAUUUUCUGUUUCUUGUUAUACACGCCAAUAUUCUACAAUUUUUUUAUGUUUCGUAUUUGUUAGUACUAUUAUUGGUACUGUACAUUG